AUGUGCGCCGUGCAGCUGCUGCGGGUGUCGGUCCAUGAGCGGAUCAGCGCCGCCGCCGAAGACUUUCUGCUGCAGGUGGAGAAAGGGGAGGUAGCGGCGGAACUCCCGGCGCUGAGAGCGCUUCUCACCGAGCGGCUGACGGCGGCUGCAGAGGAGAUAGUCGGUCUGUUCGAGGAAGCCGUGGCGAAGUAUGAAGACAGAGUGGAGCGGUCCGAGCGGGAGGUGUGCCGCCAGAGGAGGCUGCUGGACGCCGUGUUGAAGCCCGAGGUCCGGCUGCACAGGGCAGGGUAUCCUGCAGACGUCCAGCAGCUGUUAGUAUGUGAUGAGGCCCCGUCCGAUCAGGUGCUGAGCUCCAGACUGGAACAGGAGGAUCUGGAGCCUCACUUCAUUAAAGAGGAACAGGAGGAACCGUGCACCAGCCAGGAUGAAGAACAGCUCCAUGGACCUGAGGACACUGGUGUCGCCAAGUUCGCCUUCAGUCCAGUCCAUGUGAAGAGUGAGGAUGAUGAUGAGGAUCCUCAGUCCUCACAGCUUCAUUUGCCCGAGAACUGCAGAGACGCAAUGAGAGCAUCAGAACCAGAUACGAACUCAGGUCCUCAUGGACAUUUAGGACCAGUUAGUGAAGACACUUCUCUAGACUCUAACUCAACUGAUGACAGUGAUUCUGAUUGGACACGAACUAGAGAAGCUCACUUAGGUGGAGAUGUGGUAAAAAACAGCAAAGGGUUGGACAAUGACCCAAGCUCCUCAACGAAGGAGCAGCCUUUUCCUUGUUCUUACUGUGGGAAGCGUUUUAGCCUUAAAGGAAAUCUGAACAGACAUGUUAGGGACCACACAGGUGAGAGGCCGUUUCCCUGCACAGGCUGCGAUAAAUCAUUUAAAGAUAGCGGAUCGCUAACGGCCCACAUGAGGUGUCACACAGGAGAGCAGCCAUAUAGCUGCUUAUUCUGUGGGAAGAAUUUUAGUGGGAGGGGAAACAUGACUCGACACAUGAGAAUCCACACUGGAGAGAAGCCCUUCACCUGCUCAGUGUGCAAUAAAAGCUUCCAUGUAAAGGAGCAUCUGAACAGACACAUGAAGUACCACACAGGGGAAAAACCCUUCAGCUGCUCUGUCUGUGGUAAAGGAUGUGCUCAGAAAACAGAUCUAAAGAAACACAUGAGAGUUCACACUGGAGAGAAACCUUUCACUUGUCCAUUUUGUGGAAAAUCUUGUGCUGAGAAAGGAGACUUGACUAAACACAUGAGAGUUCACACAGGAGAGAAACCGUUCAGGUGUAAUGUCUGUGGUAAGAGCUGUGCCCAAAAAGGCAGCCUGAAGAUUCACAUGAGGAUCCACACUGGAGAGAAACCGUUCAGCUGCUCAGUCUGCGGCAAGUGUUUUACAGUUACUGGACACCUGAAGAGACACAUGAAGCUGCAUGUAGCAGAAGGUCAAGUAUCCACAAAUCUCUGUUCAGCCGAAGAACUGCAUGAAGACAAACCGCUGAAUGCACUAUGAGUUCACCCAAGGCUACAACAGCGCAGGGGGCAGGGGUGGUCUAGGAAGCCCAGCUGGGGCUCCAUGGUCCUUGGUUUGCGAUAGCGUCAAGGUAAAGGGCAGAAUCUGAAGGAUCACCUACAGAAUCGUCCUUCUGGACAAGGCCGGUCCAAACAGCUACUUGCUCAAACCUGGACCAGUUAAAGUUUGUGCCGAAGCUGCCUGUAAUUCUUGUUUCUGCUGCAUUAGAUGAAUCAAUAAUUGGAACUUAUUAUGAGUAGACCGGACCCAUAGAGAACACGUCAAAAUCUAACUUGAACCCCACAGGUUUUAGAGGGCCUCAGUUCAGUAAAGACAUCAAGACAUGUGCACAGCCACCUCAGAACCAACAGACGUUGCUGGUAUUUGGACUUUCUGUCCUGUAGGCAUGUGAAGAGAAUGGGUAGAUCCAGAUCAAAGUCUUCUGUCUACUUGUAAUUGCUGUGUAAGAGUUCUGAGCUUGGUCUUUUGUAUUUCUGACCAAAUUUACUGUUAAAAAAAGUAUUUUCAGACUUAAAUUAAAGAAUCAUUACCACAAUA